AUGGCUACGAAAGCUAUUCACCUAGAACUUGUAGGUGAUUUAACAUCAGAAGCCUUUAUAGGAGCUUUUAAGAGAUUUGUAGCAAGAAGAGGCAAAUGUACCAACCUGUGGAGUGAUCAGGGACGUAAUUUCAUCGGCGCCAACAAAGAAUUAGCACUGGAAUGGAAAGAAGCUAAAUUAGAGUUUGAAGGAGAAAUUUCAGAAAAACUUGCAUUGGACGGCACUCAGUGGCACUUCAUCCCGGCGCAUAGUCCCACCUUUGGCGGACUUUGGGAAGCAGGCGUCAAGUCUCUGAAAUAUCACAUGAAAAGGAUACUUAAUACCCACCUGACUUUCGAAGAACUGAGUACAAUUUUAUGUCAGGUGGAAGCUUGUUUAAAUUCGAGACCACUGUGCCCAGUUGAUGAUACAAAUCCAGAUAGUUUUGAAAUUCUUACCCCUGGACAUUUCUUGAUUGGUGAGGCCCCUAUAGUAGUACCGUCUCGCCAGAAAAAUUUCACUUCUAUGAGUCAUUUAUCCAGAUGGCGUUAUACGCAGAAAUUACUUAAUGAGUUUUGGACCAGAUGGCAUAAUGAGUAUUUGUCUCGACUUCAACAAAGACCCAAAUGGUUAAGAAAGGUAGACGAGUUUAAAAUCGGUCAAAUAGUUCUUAUCAAAACUGAUGGGCUGCCUCCUGGUAAAUGGCUACUUGGACGAGUAACGGAGAAACAUCCCGGAACUGACGGUAUAACCAGGGUUUACAGUGUUAAAAGCGGUGAUAAAAUUGUGAAAAGACCUAUCACCAAGUUAUGUCUUUUACCUAUUGAUAAUGAAUAA